AUAUAUAUAUUAACCAUGAGGCAACCAACCCUAUGGAAGUUAACCAUAUCAUUCUGACCAGGUCAAUAUUAAUCCACUCCAAAUAGUACAACCUUUUAUCCCAACAGUACAACCACCUUAAGCACACGACUUUUCAACACCCCUCAAAUAACCACCACCACCCCACGUCCCCACGUCUACCACCCCCAUAAUUCCCGCCAAAACCUCACCACCACCCUUAUAAACCCCCAUCGCCACCACAACAACCACUGUUAUUCACUUCAAACAUUCCACACACACACACAGAAAAAAAAAAUGGCUUCCACUUCUUCACGCUCACCUCUCCUCUACUCCUUCAUCUUCACCAUCGCCGUCGUCAUAACCACCAUCUCCGCCACCGAGUUCCAAGUCGGCGGCACCGUCGGCUGGCGUAUUCCGGCCACCAACGAAUCCCAACUCUACAACGUCUGGGCUUCCCGACGCCGCUUCCACAUCGGCGAUUCUCUCCAUUUUCGUUACAAGAACGAUUCUGUUACAGUGGUUGAAAAAUGGGGGUUCUACCACUGCGAUUCAAGCAAUCCGAUCGCGUUCUUCAACGACGGUGAUACGGUUAUCGACCUCAAUAACAUUGGGACGAUGUAUUUCAUUAGUGGUGAUUCUGAUCGGUGUAAACAAGGUGUGAGUAUGAUGGUUGAGGUUAUGAGUCCGGUGCCGGUUAGGUACUUUCCGCCUGCUAUUUCUGCUCCGCCGGAGGGUUCUUUUUCUGAUGUGGCUCCGUCUCCGGCCCAGGUUAUGAGUUCUGGUGAUGAGCCGGAGGCUAGUCCUGGACCUGAUACGUCGGAUUCGGUUUCGGUUUCUGGAAUUGCGGUUGUUUUAGGGUUAGGGUUUGGUGUUUUGAGUCUGUAGGUUUUUUAGUUUAUUUUUAGUUUUAUGGUGAUUAUGUU